UUCAACAAAAGUUUAGAUCACUAACUAUUAAUGAAAUUGAUGUGUGUCAAAUGUGCAAUGAUAUAAAAAAUAUAAUCGAGAUGAACAAUAAUGAACCAUCCGGUAAAGCUAGUCUUUAUUUAUCAUCUCAAUUAAUGUACGGUGUUACAAAAAUACUUUUAUGUCAAACUUCUUAUUUAGAAAAAAAUAUUAUUGAACUUGAUAAUAUGUUUGACAAGAUUAUUGAGACUGACAAGAGAGAUGAAGAAAGAAAUAAAAAAUAUACUGAUUCUUUAAAUGUAGCUUCAACAAGUAGUGAACAAUUGCAUGAAGCUUUUAAAUUAUUACCUUAUGAACCUAACAUUGAUACUAAACUUAGAAAUAUGAUGCAUGAUGCUGGUUGUUUAGAAUUUGGUGCUUUAACGGAAGAAGAACUUCGUUUUUUAAAUGAACCUGAUGCAGAUUUCUCAGCAGAAAUGUUUGAAAGAAUGCACAUUACAAAUGAUGCAUCUCUGUACAAUGCAAAUACUUUAACAGAUUCAGAAGAAUUUUAUGUACCAUAUGAUAGAGCUGAAAAAGAAAUGAUAAUAUCUCUUGUACGUGAUGAUUUAACCUUGAGAAAUGAGGAACAUCGUACAGCAUUUGCAAAAACAACAUUACCAGAAGUAACUGUGGAAGAACUUAUGCCAGAUGAGAGUACUUAUUUAACACCUCGAAAAAGACAGUCUGCAGAAGUAACACAUACAGAAACACCAACCAAAAGAAGACGUUUAAGGUUCGAAGAUGUAGCAGUUCCAAAUAAGGAUGAAAUCGCAACAAUACCAGAAACUGAAGUAGUUCCUAUUCCUAUUCCUACUGCAGAUUAUUCUAUAGAACCAUUGCAGGACUUGGAAUCAAUACAUGAAGAUCCACAAAAAAUAAAGAUAAAAUUAAAAAGAAAAAGAAUAUUAGCUGAUAAAAAUACAAAACUCAGUCAUAAAGUAAUACGAAAGUGGAUCAGUAAUGUCAAUGGUCAUACUGUUGUAAGUUCAUUCAGAUUUUGUACAAGAAUGAAUUUAUAUUAUAUAAAAGAAUUAAGGCAAACAAAAAUCAUGCUUUGUUAUUUUCUAGCCAUUAAAUAUGAAUAAUGUGAAUAUAUCAACAUCAGAAAUUCUUUUUCAAGCAGCACCAGCAAGAUUUGUUUCUAUUCGCAAAAACAAAUGGAACAGUCCCUUAAUUAAACUUUUCAGCAUGCAUGUAAAUUUACCAGCUAUAAAAAAGAAGACGCAAAUGGAAUUUCAAUUGCUAGAAAAAUGUAUUGCUUGUAUAAAAAACAAAUUCUAUUUUUUAUCAAUUCUUUUAAUGUAAUGAUAACAGUGUAAAUUUCUAGCGACUGAAAUUGUACGUUUGGGAGAAAAAAGUAAUAAGACUGAUGAACUGCUUGCUGAAUUAUCUGUGAUAAAGUCUACUGAUGCAAGUGCAAAGUCUAUAAAAGAAACUAGUGUUCAUAAAACCAUGAGUUCACAUCAGGAAUUAGUAAUCUCAGAUAAUGAACAACAAAUAGAUUUACAAAACAUAGAACAAGACUUUGGGCUAUUAAAUAUUGCACGAAAUGGAACUGGUCCUGACUUGACAAUCCAUGA